AUGCCGAUCAAAAGACCGGUACAGCUGCUGCUGCUGCUUGGGCUGCUACUUGCGCCGUGCAUUGUCGCGCCGGGCGACUUUGCGUCCCUGGACCCGGACGUUGCUGCAGCAGAAGGAGGAGGAGGCGAUGUAGAAGGUUCUUCGUACGUUGAAGACGCUGCUGCGGCUGCGGAGGACGACGACGCUGACGAUCGCCACUUCUGGGGCGCUCGACGCCACGUCGAGGGCUUUGACUUUGACCCGUCUCAAGGACUGACGUUCUACGUCGCCGCCGACAGCAGCACGUGCUUUUAUCAAGAUGUCAAGUUUCUGGAGGCAGCCGGCAGUGGAGACAAAGACGAAGAGCUCCGAGGCGCCUACGUCGUGAGUGCAGUGGACUCGCGCAUUGAUCUGGAAGUGAAGGAUCCUGAGGGUGGGACAGUGGUCCGUCAAUCGGGCAAAGCCGAGAGUGAAUAUGAGGUCGCACUUACACGAACGGGUGUCUACGAGCUGUGCUUUCGAAAUGUAAAUGAUGACGGCAAGCUGGUGACUCAUGUGACUAAUACACUACAGUUGCAGCAUCCGAUUGGGAAAGAGCACGUGAGUGGGUUGGCCAAGUAUGCGUCGGACCUGGACUUGCGUCUUGGCGAGCUCGAGUCGGAGCAGAGACUGCAGCUGAUUCGGACUGAUAGACAUGCCAAAGUCGAGGAAGCGAUGAAUAAACGUGUCGUAUUCUACGGUGCGCUGGAGUGCGCUAUCUACCUCAUGGUAUGCUUCUGCCAAAUUUACUACAUCAAGAACUUGCUCGAAAGCCCGCAGAAAGCGCGGUCCUGGGUCUAA